AAGAGUUUGUGAACUUGCGAAAUUCCACUCGAAAGCUGCUGAGCUGCGUUUUGCAAACAGAGCGACGUCAGUGCGUUGGCGCUGGAGCGAGUGAGAGAGUGAGAUAGUGAGAUAGUGAGUCAAUGUUGACGAUAGUUAACGGAACGCCGAUCACGCAGAAAAGCUAAACGAAAUACAACGUUGUAUUUAAUUCCCGGUCGUGUUGAAGAAGCGGUCUUGAUGCAGGGUGUUGACCAGAGACGUCGGCUUUCACUUGCUGCUUGAGUUCUUCCAGUGAGCUGUUUGUUGAUGUGAAGAAGCGAUUGUGCUCCAGAUCAACAGUGAAUACAAAGCCGUGACAUUUUGUCCAGGCCUUGCUCCGUGUCCGUGGGGUCGCUGAGGAGACAUCUUGCUGUUGUUCCGUGUGAGCGGAGGCCCACCAUGGAGGAGAUACAGACCGUGGUGGCCGGUGCUCGAGCUGCCUACAACCUGGGCAAAACCCGCCCACUGGAAUUCCGCCUGCAGCAGCUGAGGGCCAUGGAGAAGAUGCUGACGGAGAAGAAGGAUCUAAUCUUGGAGGCGCUGCAGAAGGACCUGCACAAGAAUGCAUUUGCGGUGGACAUUUAUGAAACGGUGGGUAUUCUAAAUGAAAUAACCGUGGCCAUAAACAAGCUGCCCGAGUGGAUGGAGCCAGAGCACAUGUCGAAGAGCAUGAUGACCAUGAUGGACACUGUGUACAUUCACCGCCAGCCUCUUGGUGUGGUUCUUAUCAUUGGGGCCUGGAACUACCCAUUGGCCCUGGUGCUGCAGCCGUUAGUUGGGGCCAUCGCGGCAGGAAACGCGGCGGUGGUGAAGCCGUCGGAAGUGAGUGGGAACACGGCAGAACUCCUGGCCCAGCUCCUCCCUCAGUACCUGGACAAGGAGCUCUACCCCGUCAUCAAUGGAGGAGUGAAGGAGGCCACGGAGCUACUGAGCAUUCGGUUUGACCACAUCCUGUACACGGGCAACGCUGCUGUCGGCAGGAUUGUCAUGGAGGCUGCCGCCAAGCACCUGACGCCCGUCACCCUGGAGCUCGGCGGCAAGAGUCCCUGCUACGUGGACACGGACUGCGAUCUGGACGUUGCCUGCAGACGUAUAGCGUGGGGCCGAUACACCAACUGCGGCCAAACCUGCAUCGCCCCCGACUACAUCCUGUGCAGUGAAAACAUCCAAGACCAAGUAGUGAAGAAGAUCGUCACCGCCAUUACAGAAUUCUACGGAAACGAUCCCCAGAAAUCCCCGGACUACGGGCGAAUUGUCAAUCAGCGCCAUUUUCAGAGAAUUAUGUCUUUGCUGGAGGGAGCGAAUGUGGUGUAUGGCGGUAAAAACGACGAAGAGGAUCUCUACAUAGCUCCCACCAUUGUGACGGAUGUGGAUCCCGACUCCAGGAUCAUGCAGGAGGAGAUCUUUGGGCCGGUGCUGCCCAUCGUCACGGUCAAUGGUGUGGACGAGGCCAUCGCCUUCAUCAGCCGGCGCGACAAGCCUCUGGCUCUGUACGUCUUCUCCCACAACAAGAAGUUGAUAAAGAGGAUGAUUGCAGAGACAUCCAGCGGUGGUGUAACAGCCAAUGACUGCUUCAUCCACUACAGCGUACACACUCUCCCAUUCGGGGGUGUUGGUGAGAGUGGCUUUGGGGCGUACCACGGCAAACACAGCUUUGAUACGUUCAGUCAUCGCCGAGCUUGUGUGUUGAAGUCGCUGGGCAUGGAAAAGUUUAACAGUGUCCGGUACGCGCCCUCCACUGACUCCAAGCUCAAGUGGACCAGCUGGCUGCUGAAGAAGAAUUGAAGAAUGUGGCAGAUUGUGAGCACGUGUUCUCAUUGCGAUCUGAAGAUGGUCAUUGUUGGCUGACCUUCUGACGACCUCAGGAUUGAGCUCCUGUGCAAGCCCACUACUUUAUGGGAAGAACCAGCUGAACGAACCACACGCAAAUCAGACUAAAUCACCGUUACUCGCAUAAUCUAACUCUUCUAUUGGAACAUCCCAUUAAAUCAUAACAAACGUUAUCAUUUUUGCACAACUGCGAUACAUUGCUGAGGGUCUGAUGCCUCACUGGUAAAGUGAGCCGAGCGGAGUUCCCUACAGUGAUGUCUGAGUGUCUGCUAAACACUUAUCCCUUCCUCACUAGAAGCAGAGUCUAUUUUAUAAUCUUACUAAGGAUAGAAAGAUAGAAAAUAGGUGCAGGAGUAUGCCAUUCUGCCCUUCGAGCCAUUCAAUAUGAUCAUGGUUGAUCAUCUAAAAUCAGUAUCCGUUUCCUGCUUUUUCCCCAUAUCCCAUAUCCCUUGAAUCCAUUAGCCCUAAGAGCUAAAUCUAUCUCUCUCUUGAAAACAUCCAGUGAAUUGGCCUCCACUGUGGCAGAGAAUUCUAUUGGUAUGUUAUUACUAAGGUUUAAUCACACACACAGAUAAACUUCCUCUCUCUAAACAUUCCAGACAGCUGUUUCACUGGUAUUGUGCCACACAGACUUUAUCCCCUUGUUAACGAGGUGAAUAAAUGUUCAUAAGCUCAAGGAGCAGAAUUAGGCCAUUCAGCCCAUCCAGUCUACUCUACUAUUCAAUCGUGGUUGAUCUAUCUUUCCCUCUCAACCCCAUUCUCCUGCCUUCUCCCCAUAACCCCUGACACCCGUACUAAUCAAGAACUGACAAUCUCCACCUUAAAAAUAUCCAUUGAUUUGGCUUCCACAGCCCUCUGUGGCGAUGAAUUCCACAGAUUCACCACAAUCUGACCAAAAAAAAUCAUUCUCAUCCCCUUUCUAAAGGUACGUCCUUUUAUUCUGAGGUUAUGACCUCUGGUCCUAGACUCUCCCACUAGUGGAAACAUCCUCUCCACAUCCACUCUAUCCAGGCCUUUCACUAUUCAGUAAGUUUCAAUGAGGUUCCCCCUCAUCCUUCUAAACUCCAGCAAGUAGAGGCCCAGUGCCGUCAAACGCUCCUCAUAUGUUAAUCCAAUCAUCCCAGGGAUCAUUCUCGUAAACCUCCUCUGGACCUAAAUGUUUUAAUCAUUGUGGAGCAGGGCCUGCCAGAUGUGGCGAAGUACUGAAUCAAGAUAAGUCGUGCAUGAGUUCCGCUCUGCACGCACACUUUCCCCUCCAUGUUCCUCCUGCACCUUAUAUUUUCGUCCUCUCCUUCAUACGCACCAACAGUGAUUGUACUUCAUCAAUUUCUGCUGCCCCGGUGAACCAGUUGGGACUUGCUGAGGUUAUGCAAGGAGCAGUUCUAGUUACAGUACUGCCAGCUUUGUUACUCCAGUCUGCUGACACCAGUCUCCCAAAACGGAUGCUAUUCCGAGUUCUGUCGGGGAAGAGAUCAUCAGGAGGAGAAAGGAAAUGAUUCAAGGAGAUGUGCUCAAAGCCUCCAUACGGAAAUGCAAGAUCCCUGCUGACCACUGGGAAUCUCCAUCCCACGACUGCUCACAGUGGAGCAGGAGCAUUUGGGAUGGGACAGAGAACCCGGAAAUCGAGUGUGCGGAAUGGCAGCAUAAUUGGUUGAAGCCGGGCUUCACCUCACGGCCUAUCCAUCCAGUCAGUCAUCUCCUGCUCCGUCUGAGGAAGAGCCUGUAGUUCCCAACUUUGGCCCAAAAAAAAUGGAUGGAAGCAAAUUAAGCUUGAUCCCGAGGGUUUGCCCAAGAAGGAACAUUUCUCCCGAUUUAAAAAAAAAACAAACUGGGAUGAAGUGUGAAGAAGCCGGCAUAAAACAUCUCGGGAAAAAGGAUGUAUUUCAAGCGAUGUCGGGGGUGAGAAAUGUUCCUGGAUUUUCAUCUCUCCGGUUUUCAUAUCCAAUCUCGUCAAAUGGAAAACUGCAGGCAGCUGGAAAAGAGCAGACACAUUCAACCUGUAUCUCUUGGAUUGAUGGACUAUUCAUCUUUGCUGGGGAGAAAAGAAAACAUUCCCCAUAAUCACAUGUAAAUUGGUUAGGGUGUUCCAUUUUAUUUUUCUGCUUUAUUUACUUAUCAUCUUAGGACAGUUUUUCUAUUAAAUUGCCUUUAAAUUUCAUGACCUCAA